AUGUUCCCUCUUUCUCUCCCACUCCCUCAUGUUCCCUCUUUCUCUCUCCCACUCCCUCAUGUUCCCUCUUUCUCUCGCCCCCGUCCCCCCUCCCUUCAGGUGGGAUUGCUGCACUCGUCCCUCCAUUUCUUUCAAACUCACUGUGCCAUCAACCCGGGCAGCUCAGGCAGUCCCCUCGUGAACGAGUUUGGGGAGGUGCGUGCUGCUGUGUUAACCUGCUUCCCGUAUGUGCCAUAUGCUGCUUGCCUGCUCUCCCAUCAACCCGGGCAGCUCAGGCAGUCCCCUCGUGAACGAGUUUGGAGAGGUGGGUGUGUGCUGCACUCUCAAUCCUCUGCUGAGGUGUGUGUUGCUGUGUUAACAUGCUUCCCCUGUAUGUCACCUCCUGCUUGCUUGCCCUCCCAUCAACUCCGGGAGCUCAAGCAGUCCCCUUAUGAACAGAUCGACUCAAAACUCUGGUCGGAUGCUGAAGGAGUGGCGUUCGCAAUCCCCAUCAACCAUGUGAGGGAGUAG